AUGCAGGCCAACGAAGAACCAUCUCAAGCUAUGUCUCCGAACGCUCAUCUUCAGCAGCGAGUUCCGAUGAUAUCCUCUGACCAGUGCCCUCCGGAUAACGUAAGUGAGGUGAACCGGUCGGUAUCGCGUCGUCCGCAAAGUCUGCCUCCAUUAUCUCACCCACCUUCUGCCGCCCAGACUCAUGAAUGGAUAUUGUUGAGCCCCGAAGCCGAGAUCAUGGCGAGUGAGAUAAGCCCAAUCUCACCUCACGAAAACUACGGCACCAAUCUUGACACACACCAACAUGAAGACCUCUCGAUUCCCGGCGCGGGGAUCCGGCGAAAACCCAUCAGUGUCACCACUCACCCAAGUGCACAACAGACACCAGAAGGACCUGACGAAGGCCCACAACCUACGAGUGCUAGUGCCGAAAGGCUCGAUGAAGCCAAGAGAGCCACGGAGACCUUGAAGCCGACUUGGAAAAUAUGGGCUCUCGAGAUAGCCUGCAUCGUACUGAGUACACUUCUCAUAGGCGUCAUCAUUGUCGUGCUUCUCAAGUAUGAUUCGCAAGUGCAACCGGAGUGGCCGUUCGAGGCUACACUGAACUCUUUCCUCGCAUUAUUCACCACCUUAGCGAAGGCUGCCUUCAUGAUCAAGCAAGCCGAGGAGCAUGGGGCUCUUUGA